AUGGCUUCAUCUUCUCGUGCUAAGAUCCCUACUAGAAGAAGAUCUGCACCUUCAUCUCGUCCCCGUCCUAAUUCUGUAGAAGGAUGGAUUUCUGAUACAGAUGGCCAACAAGAAUUUCUAACCUAUUGGAAGGAACGUGUCAUUAUCUCUCCAAAGUUCCUUAUUGGUGAGCAGUUCAUCAAUAGGGGAUUCAAUUUUCCCAAUCUUCUUGAAAUUCAAGGAGUUCUUCCCUUCAUCCAAAUGCAAGAUACUUAUUAUCCUGACUUAGUUAGGGUAUUUUACUCUAGAUUUAAAUUUAGAGAUCAAAUUGCUACUUCUAGAGUAAAGGGUGUCACAAUUAUUCUUGACGAUGAUAUUUGGGAAAACGUUGCCCACUUUCUAAUUAGAGAAGAUGCUAUUAACAUUUAUGGUGAACUAGAUGAUUUUGACAGGUUCUUAGCUUACCGUUCUUUUUUGCGAAAUCCCUCCAUGGAGAUUGGGCGUCUCCUUCUUGCUGGACCUCUAAAGAAGGAGGAACGCAUGAUUUUACAUCUAAUUGUCUGGAUCCUUUGUCCUCGGGCUACAAAUCAUGCUCAAUGUUCUUCAAUUGAUCUUAGGAUUAUUCAUGCCAUAAUGAAUAAUGAGCCCUUAGAUUGGGGCGUUCUUGUCACCAUGACUAUGUUAAAAGCCAAACGUCAUCCCACAUUCAAAAUUCCAUAUGCCCUCCUUGUCUCUCGGAUUCUUGAAUAUAAGGGAGUCAAUGUCGAAGGUGAACAAACAGUAAGAACAAAUAACUUGAAUCGCAUGCUUGACAGCACAUUGAUCCAACUUCAAAUGGUGCGUGUCAACGACAUUUAUGUUCACAAGGAUGACGUUCCGAAUCAAGGUGAUGACAAUGAAGAUUCUGAUGAAGAUAUGCCUCCUGCUGCUGAGUUUCCCUCUGAGCAAAUCCAAAGUGUUGGAACUUCCUCUACUCAUCAUGAAACCCGACAAUCCAUGGAAGACAUGUUAUCUGACAUGAAUCAGAGAAUGCAGUCAUUCUUCACACUUUCUGGAGUACGGCAUGAGGAAAUAAUUUGCCGUAUAUCUGAUGUAGAUGAUAAAGUGUGUCGUUUAGAAAAUAGAUUUGAUGCACACUUUCAUAGUGAUGAUA